AUGACAAAAGUAUGUAUAUUAAUUGAUUGGAGUCAGUCGUUCACUGAUAAAAAUGGUAGUUUCUAUAGUGGUGCUUCUCUUAAUGAAAAAGAAAAUGCUUGCUUAUUAAUUGAGAAAUGUGAUAAAGUUAUUAAUUUUGUUGAUGUCCAUUCACAAACAUCAAAAGAGUUUACUAUUAAUGGUGGUAUUUAUCCAAUACAUAACCUUGUUGAUGAUGACCUUACACUUUCUCCAAAUGAAAAUGCAAGUGCUCGUUUAACCGAAAAAAUUCAAAAAAAAAUUGAAGAAAAAAAAUUAAAGAGUGGAGUUGUUAUUCCAAAUAAUGUUAUUUAUCAAACUCCUGAACAACCAAUUUCUAUUGAAGCAAUAACAAAAACAUUUGAUAAAUUACCUAUAAUUCAUUCACCAGAAGAAUAUCAAUAUGAUUAUAUUAUCAGUUGUAAACAUUUCUUUAAUGGAACUGCUUUACAACGAAUUCCACAAGGAAAUAUUGUUGAUGAGUUUACUGCAGCCUCUAUUCUUCAAUACCAAUAUGGUACUGGAAAAGGAUUAACCUUUUAUAUUUCAGGAGUUGUUACUGGGAUAUGUGUUAUUCACACUGCUGCUGGAUUAAAACAAAUGUUCCCACAAUCAACAAUUAUUAUUGUAAAAGAUGCUUGUCAUCCAUUAAUUGGAGAGCAAUUUGGUAUUUCUUCAGAGGAACAAAAUGACUUUAUAGUUUGUGCUUUAUGUACACAAAUUGGAAUUUUAUAUAAAUCUAUCAAUACUCUAACUUUUUAG